AUGACUGUUCCAAAGCCAGCUGCUUCAGCAGCCGAACUGGGAGGUUUCAUUCAACUUCACCCUCAGCUGCAGCAGGAGAUUGAGGAGCCAGAGCCUGAGGAGCUCCUUUUCAACCGAGUUGUCUCGGACAAUGUGCUCCUCCGACCCAGCAAUUUGAGCGAGUCCGUGAGGAACGUGAUGGCCAGCAAGCCCAAGAAUAAUUCGGAUGCCAUCUUGGCACUGCGCGAGGUGAGAGAGCUGCUGCUGGAGGAGGUGGUCGGCCAUGGCCAUCAUGGCCCAGAUGAUUACACCCGAGGCGGUGUGAAGACAUGCAAGCAAAGAAUGCCCAUCGAAGGUCUUGUCCAAGACAAGUUCUACGAGGGCAAGAUCGUGAAGAAGACUCGCGCGGGCUUGAUGCUCGACCUCAACGCAGAGUGUUUGGGGCUUCUCCGUUGGAGAUUGCUCAAAGGAGUGCCCAAGAAGCUUCAAAAAGUUGGAGGCUUCUUGGCAAACUUGUUAGUCACCAAAAUUGACAAGCCAGAGCAGCGCGUCAUUCUGAAGCUGCAGGGAAUAGGCUUCAGCCAUGACACCAUCGAGGAGACGCGCUACAAGGACAUCUAUGGGUAUGUCCACCACUGGUCCGAGCUCCCUGGUGCCCCUCCGUACGCUCGGCUUGUACCACCACUUGCAGAGACCAACGCAGAUUCCAACGCCCGGGUGAACCGACCGCUGGCGCCACGAGACAAGCGCCUGGCCCGAUGGGGGAAGAACGGUACUGAGGAAAAAAACGCUGAGUCCUGUGCCAUGAUAGAUGUGGCUUUGCACAAAUUGUGCGCGGGCCUCCAAGCGACCCAUCAUCCAGACUGCGUGAGAGUCAUCCAGUUCCUGAUCCUGGGACGUCGAGCCACACACGCAGAACUUGCUGCGCAUUCACGAGCAGAGAAGGGGAAGCGCAGCAAGGGCAGCGUGGGUUUGUUGGCUGCCAAGCCGGAGAACCCAAAGAAGGAGGUGAGGAACGUGAUGGCCAGCAAGCCCAAGAACAAUUCGGAUGCCAUCUUGGCACUGCGCGAUGUGAGAGAGCUGCUGCUGCAGGAGGUGGUCGGCCAUGGUCUUGUCCAAGACAAGUUCUACGAGGGCAAGAUUGUGAAGAAGACUCGCGCAGGAUUGUUGAUGGACAUCAACGCG